AUGGCGAUCGAUGCAGCAACCAACACGUUCCGAAUUAUCAUUGUCGGAGGAGGUAUCGCAGGCUUAGCUACUGCGAUUGCGAUGAGAGGUCCUCAGAGAGAAAUAAUCGUACUAGAAAAGUCUCGCAUGAACAAAGAAGUCGGAGCCCUUCUAUCUCUCCAACCCAAUGCCCAGAAGAUCGUCGAGCAGUGGGGUCUCGGAGAAAUUCUUCAGAAGGCAAAGCCUACAGCAGAGAGACAAUUCCGCAUCCUAGACACCAAAGGCAAUAUUCACAUGAACAUCGACAUGGAUGCAAAGAAGUACGGAGCUGAUCGCAUGGUAUACCAUCGUCAAGAUCUACACUCUGCUUUGAGGGAAGCAGCGCUCAGUACAGAACUUUCUGGUCACCCUGCAACCAUCGUCACUGCAGCCAAGGUUGUCAGCUGUAACUGCGAAGCAGGCAAAGUCACGCUGCAAGACGACACAACUUACCAAGGCGACCUCAUAAUCGGCGCUGAUGGCAUUCACAGCGUCAUUCGCGAAGCCGUACUCAAAGCCGGCAACCACGAGCUCGUACAUCCGACACCUACAGGCGUUUCUGCAUACCGACUUCUGGUCGAGACAGCAGAUCUCUCUUCCAUUGAAGUCGAUCCCGCACUUUUCGACCCAAAAAGACAAGCUACAACGCUAAUGAUGGGCCACGACCGCCGCGUAAUCAUGGGACCUGCUCGUAACGGUGACCUUCUAGGUCUGGUCGGCAUGGUUCCUGACGAGCAUAUGCACGAAGCCUCGGACGCUAACAGUUGGACUACACCAGGCUCACUCUCCAAGCUGCUGGAAACAUAUCACGACUUCCCUCAGUGGAUUCGAGACAUCUUUGCUCAAGCACCGGAUAUUGCGCUUUGGCAGUUGAGAGAUAUCGAUGCAUUGCCAGCUUGGGUAGCAGGAAGGUGUAUCAUCAUCGGAGACGCUGCUCAUGCCAUGUUGCCUACACAAGGCCAAGGCGCAUCCCAAAGUGUCGAAGACGCCGAAGCUCUUUCAGCCUUCUUCUCGUCCGUCAUUGGUAGACCGACUCACUCAGAAACCAAUUCUGCCCUCCAACAAGUCUUUGAGAGCCGCCACCGAAGAGCAAGUUUGAUUCAGACAUAUAGCCGUCAGCAAGCGAAACCUGCCACGGAAAAGGGAAGUGUAAAAGUCACACUGAACCCCGCGGAGUUCUUGGACUAUAAUUGCAAGUAUGAGGGCGCUGUCAAAUGGCUGGAGCAGCAAAAGGCCAAAGAAGUGGAAAGCCAAUAA